UGCUCAAAAUUCAAAGUGACAGCUUGUUACAUAUAACCUUAACGUGAACUCAACUACAUGGUAUACCCAGGACCAAACUUUACCCUCCCCUUUUUUUCUCAUUUAAUGGCGCCACGUUUCAUGGUAGCUCAACCCCUUGUCAAGAGAGACUCCAAAUUUAUUACGGUAUCCUCCGCCUGCAGCUCAUUAUUCACUGAUUUCACCUUCGUUCUCUCUCUCGAAUUAUUAUCGCUGCACUGCUGCAAAGUCCAGAUAGAUCUAUGGCAUUCUUGGAUAAUGGGUUUCACGGAAAUAUGGUUUCUUAGCUGGAAAAUGAAAUUUUCUCUAACUUCUUCUUUUAAUAGCUUGUGGUUAGCAGCUGCUUGAUCGACCCAUUGUGGGAUCUUCAUCUUUUGGCAGAUAGAGCACAAAGGUCUCUUCUGUCUGCCUGUCUGCGGUCUAAGCAUUUCUAUUCGACUCUGUGGGUUCUACAUCUUCUACCACUUCAAGGCUCCAUUACAGGUUAAAAAGUAGCUUUGAGCAGCCCAAGGAGUUAAGCCCCCAUCCCCACGUAAUCCAAAGAAAAAAAAAAUGAAAAUACAGAAGCAAAGAUACAGAACACUAUAAUUUUCUUUUGCCAAUAAUGCCUGCAGUUUUGAGAUUGUAGAAAUCAUUGAGAGAAGAAAAGAAAGAUUAUCUCUAGUCUGCAAGUUCUGAGAUGAGUUCACGUGAAGGCUACGCUGAGAAUAUGAUAGUGCUUCUCGUUGAUUCAACGAGGAACUUCACCACUCACCAAUGGAGACUCUUUUCGUGCUUAAAAUGAUUGGCUUGCUUUUUGGGUUUUCGCAUUUCAUCUGAAUAAGCAGGUGAUCUUCCAUUACUGUCUAUAGUAUACUUCUUCAGCUGCUCUGCUUUGUUUGGAAGCUCUGAGGAGGUGAACAAUUUUGAAAUUUGUUUACUUCUAAGACUUUAUUGCUAGGUAGAUCUGAAGAUUUUCGGCUCUUCUAGUUUGGUUUUUGAAAGUGAUUUGGAUUUAAAGCGCCAAAACACGAGUAUAAUGCAAAAGGGUACGCUGAAAAGUGUUUGGUUGAUGAGAGAUUUUUGCUAUGAUUAUAACUGUAUGCACCAAAAUUUCCCUGUUUCUGAAGGAGUCUAAUUUCGCCAUUUAUGGAAACUUAAUCGAAAUCAAGGGCUUUUUCUAUUUUACACCCAGCGGAGGCCGCAGAUUGAUCUCCAAAAUGAGAAAACCUGUUUCAAGGUACCCGUUUCUCUACUUGUUCUUAUUCUCUGUCAUUUCUCAUUUUUCCCUGGCUACCUCAGGCGAUGCCCAGGUGCUCUUAGCACUCAAGUCAUCAAUUGAUCCUGCGAACUCCCUUCCCUGGCCACAAGGAAGUGAUGCUUGCAAAUGGCAAGGGAUCAAAGAAUGCAUGGGCGGAAGGGUGACUAAGCUUGUUCUUGAGUAUCUGAACUUGAGUGGUACUCUAGAUGGCAAAACACUGAAUCAAUUGAAUCAACUUCGGGUUCUAAGUUUCAAAGGGAACUCAAUUUCAGGGUCAAUCCCUAAUCUCUCUGGCCUUGUCAAUCUCAAAUCUCUCUACCUCAACAGCAACAAUUUCUCCGGUGAUUUCCCAGAUUCCGUUAUCAACUUACACCGUUUAAAAGUCAUAGUUUUAGCUGAAAAUCAAAUCUCAGGUCCAAUCCCACGGUCGCUCCUCAAACUAACCCGAUUAUACGUUCUUUACUUGCAAGACAACAGCUUGGUUGGAGCAAUCCCUCCUUUCAACCAAACAAGCCUCAGGUUCUUCAAUGUGUCUAAUAAUAAACUUUCCGGUCAGAUUCCGGUGACCUCUCCUUUGAUUCGGUUCAAUACGUCCUCAUUCUCCGGUAAUAUUGAUCUAUGCGGCGAACAGAUUCAAAAUCCGUGCAAAAAAUCCGAGUUUGGGCCAUCGGCCAGCCCUGUUUCUCCCACAAUACCAAGUCCAAAGUCAUCUUCCAAACACAGAAAAUUGAUCAAGAUCAUUGCAGGGAGUGUAGGUGGAUUUUUGGUGCUCUGCAUUAUUAUUUUGCUUAUCGUGUGCUUGGCGCGCAAGAACCUCCGCAGCAGAGAGGGCUCAGUCGUCGGAGGAAGAAACAAAGCCAAAGGGAUUGUCGCCGGUGGUGAUAAGAGUGGUAUCAACGGAGGAAAUGGAGGCGGCGGGAGUGGCUUGGGCGCUAAUGACGGUGGAACACAAGGUCAAUUUUCAUGGGAGCGAGAAGGGUUGGGGACUUUGGUAUUCUUGGGUGCAGGUGAUCAGCAGAUGAGUUAUAGUUUAGAGGAUUUGUUGAAGGCCUCAGCGGAGACAUUAGGAAGAGGUACUAUGGGAAGCACGUAUAAAGCUGUGAUGGAAUCAGGGUUCAUCGUGACCGUUAAGAGGUUAAAAGACGCAAGAUACCCAAGGGUGGAGGAGUUCCGGAGACACAUGGACCUGCUUGGUAGGCUAAGGCAUCCGAACUUGGUCCCACUCAGGGCAUAUUUCCAAGCUAAGGAGGAACGCUUACUUGUAUAUGAUUAUUUCCCCAACGGCAGUCUGUUCUCUCUCCUACACGGAACAAGGACUUCUGGUGGUGGAAAGCCUCUUCACUGGACUUCUUGCCUCAAAAUAGCUGAAGAUUUGGCAACUGGAUUGUUAUAUAUCCACCAGAACCCUGGCUUAACCCAUGGAAAUUUGAAAUCCUCCAAUGUUCUCUUAGGGCCUGAAUUUGAGUCCUGCCUCACUGAUUAUGGUUUGACAAUGUUCCGAGAUCCAAAUUUUUUAGAGGAACCAAGUGCUACUUCUCUUUUCUAUAGAGCUCCUGAAAACCGAGAAAUGCGAAAACCAGCCACUCAACCUGCAGAUGUCUACAGCUUUGGUGUCCUCCUUUUGGAACUUCUGACCGGCAAAACUCCUUUCCAGGACCUUGUUCAGGAACAUGGUUCGGACAUUCCCAGAUGGGUUCAAUCAGUACGUGAGGAAGAGACCGAGUCUGGAGAUGAGCCUGCCUCAGGUAAUGAGGCAGGUGAGGAGAAACUUCAGGCUCUCAUAAAUGUUGCAAUGGCAUGUGUAUCAUUUACACCAGAGGAUCGACCAUCCAUGAGGGAUAUUUUGAAGAUGAUAAGAGAUGCAAGGGCUGAGGCUCAAGUUUCAUCUAGUGGCAGUGACCAUUCGCAUGGAAGAUGGUCUGACACAGUUCAGAGCUUACCUAGAGAAGAACAUUUGAGCAUUUGAGUGGUGAGUGAACUUAAAAAUGCUUAUUUAUGUAUUCUAAUUUUUCAGCUUUGAAAUUGAGUCUUGAUUCUUAAACUAGGCUUGUAAAGUAUCCACGUUUUCAUUCUUGAUAUCUUAGCUUAGGUAGCUGGAGGCUAUAUAAGUUUGGUUGCUCAAUAUGCAAUUAGACAUUGAAAGGACUUGGAUUUGUGGAUUGAGUGAAAUUGUUGUAUCUAGCUUAAGUUAUUCAUUUCCUAUUAUAUCAAAAUUCAUUCCAUAUCUUUAUCCCCAAA